AUGGCACCUUUGAAAAUCCUCAUCGUCGGGGGAGGUGUUGGAGGUCCCGCUUUGGCCUUCUGGCUGUCUCGUAUCGGGCAUCAAGUCAUCGUCGUCGAGCGCUUCCCCGCCUUGAGAGCCUCAGGGGCUCAGAUCGAUCUCCGUGGUCAGGGAAUUGAAGCUGUGAAGCGAAUGGGGCUUAUUGAGGCUAUCCGCAGCAAGCUUGUUGAUGAGGAUGGGAUGGCCUUUGUCGAUAGGGAUGGAAAAGCCAGAGGAACCAUUCUAGCUAAUAAAUCUGGGCAAGGGGCCCAAUCUCUAACGUCUGAAUAUGAGAUCAUGCGAGGAGAUCUUGUUCGAAUUUUCUACGAAGCAACAAAAGACAAAGUGCAAUAUGUCUUUAGCAAAACGGUCGAUCGCUUCACGCAGGAUGACGAGAAAGUCACCGCACAGUUCUCCGAUGGCACAACCGAUACGUUUGAUAUCCUCGUUGGAGCUGAUGGCCAGGGCUCACGAAUCCGCAAAGACAUACUCCCUCCUGAUGCUCCAGAUCCGUAUCAUCCACUGGGGGUACAUAUGGCUUACUGGUUUAUACCUCGAGAAAAAGCCGAUACUAGCUUUUGCAACGCCUACCUCAGCCCCGGUGGCCGGAUGAUCCUGCGACGAGCCCACAGUGCCACCGAAGCAAACGUGUGUUUUUUCCUGAGAUCGGACUCCGAUGAAUUACGAAGCAUUCCAAGAUCAUCGGUCGAACAACAAAAAGAGAUCUGGACUCGGAAGUUCCGCGACGCUGGAUGGCAGACCGAUCGUUUCCUGGCAGGCAUGAAGACAACUGAAAACUGGUUUUGUCUAGAUCUCGUUCAGAUCAAAACAGACACCUGGCAUUCGGGGCGUGUAGUGCUUCUCGGUGAUGCGGCGCAUUGCCCUUCUCCCUUGACUGGCAUGGGAACAACGAGCAGUGUGAUUGGCGCAUAUGUUUUGGCUGGGGAGAUUGCACGCAAUGCCGAUAAUCUGCCUCUAGCAUUCAAAAACUAUGAUGAGAAGCUUCGACCUUUGGUCAAAGAGGCCCAGGAUGUCAAUAUGUCUUUGCUCAGAUAUGCUGUUCCGGACUCUCAGUGGGCGAUCUCUCUUAUCCACUUUGUCAUUGGGAUUGCAUGUUUCCUUCGUAUUCCCGAUCUUGUAUCCCGUUUCUCAAGUGAUAGAGACGGAGGCUGGAAGUUGCCUGAUUAUGUGGAGCUGGAACCGAGUGAUGAAGCUACUACCAUCUGA